AUGUCGGACGCCCAUCUUCCUAACUCGCAUCCCGACGUCACCCCGGGAUGGGAGGACUACGAAUACCCCAGAACCGGACUCCCUGAAGCGAUCAAGACCAGCCCCGUAGAAGGUUCAAAUGGCGAUAGAUACAGUGGAAAUGUCCCUCUGGUCUGGUGUGCCAACGCUGGAAGAACAUUGUCCGCCCAUGGAGGAUAUUGUGCUACAGUAUUGAUGACGACAGCGCGUCAGUACAACCGGGAGAAACACCAAAAGCUAGCACAUACUGAACCACUCAACUUGUAUAUCGAGUUCCUGCAUCCCUUGCCAGCAGGGCCAUUCGAAAUUGCCCUCGAAACUCUCCAAGCUGGAAACCGAGGCUCGGCCAUUCAAGCAAAGCUUUUGGCAGAUAAAGGCCAAGAACAGCAGAUAUGCAGCAUUGCUAUAAUAAGAUUCGGCAUACUCAAGGAUGAGGGCUACGUACACAACAUUCAGCCCCCAAUCAGCCCGGUGCCGGAUCGGGAGAAGGAGUGCGCCAGAUGGACUGAUGCCCUUACCUACCAAUUCAACCCGCCAACUGCGGCAGUUCGAGCUUACACGCCAAGAGAUAGCGGCACUCCGCUCUGGAGUGAAAAGUACGGCGGCCAGAACGUGAGAUACCAAUGGAACAAGAUGGACGAUGAAGACACGUUCCGACUAGAGCAUAUCCCGGUCCUGGCAGACUUAGUUCCCAUUAUGCCUCUCAACUACGCAGAGGACGGCAUCUUCAUGGCCGCUCGGUACCGAGUUCCAACUACAUGCUUGCAAAUCACGUUUCACGCACCGUUGAAUAACGAUGAAUGGCUACUGACCCGAACAACAAUGGAGAGACUGUAUGCCGGAAGAUUCGAUAUGAAGAUUCAGGUGUACGACGAACAGAGCAAUCUUGUAGCGUCAUGCGUCCAGUUGUGUGCAAUGAUACCACAUUCCAAGGAGAAGGCGAGAGGGAAACUUUGA